AUGUGGGCCCAUAUAGGCAUCAACGCCAUCAGCACCUUACUGCUGAGUGCCAGCAACUAUGCCAUGCAGUGUUUCGCAGCACCUACUCGUGCCGACAUCGACCGAGCGCACCAGGUGGGCAAGUGGCUCGAUAUCGGUGUUCCGAGUCUGCGUAACCUUAGGCAUAUUCCGAGACGGAAAACGCUCCUGUGGUGGAUGCUGGCCUUGUCUUCGUUACCUAUCUAUCUGCUUUACAAUUCUGUCUUCUAUAUGUCACUCUCGAGCAACGAUUAUAAUGUCUACUUUGCGGCAGAGCAGUUCAUACAGGACGCGGGCAGUAUACCGCCAGCUGAAAUAGUCGUCGAAGCGGGUCAGUUUAGGAUGGGCAAAUUUGAUUUUCUAUUCUCCUCUGGUGGAGAGGCUAUGACAGCACAUAUCCGAGAGCUCAAAAACGAUCUCGCAUCGUUCGAAAAGUUGGACAACGCACAAUGUAUGAGAGCGUACACGAAGGAGUAUCUGGACGACCGUCGAACCUUGAUAUUGGUAUCUAAUGCAUUGGAAACCAACGCUACUACCGUCCACGGCUUUCAAUAUUUCACGCAUGAGGCAGUUGAUGCUAGUAUGAAUGUUUACCUUCCAUACGACUGGUAA